GAUCAAUCAGUCAUUGGGGCACCUUGCUUCUUGAAAAAUGUCGAAGGCACUAGUAAUUUUAGCUGCAGGCGCAGAGGAAAUGGAAACUGUCAUAACUGUAGAUGUUUUAAGAAGAGGAGAAGUAGCAGUGACCCUAGCAGGUCUGGCUGGAAGUGAAGCUGUACUGUGUUCUAGAAAUGUUAAACUUGUUCCAGACAUGAGCUUGGAAGAAGCCAUGAAGUCGGCUCCCUUUGAUAUCGUAGUCUGUCCUGGAGGAGCAGGAGGGGCACAGGCCAUGGCUCAGUCUGCUGAAGUUAAGAAGAUUCUGGAGGAUCAGGAAAAGGAUGACAAAUAUAUUGCUGCAGUCUGUGCAGGUCCAACAGUACUUCUGAAUCAUGGUAUUUGCAAAGGUAAAAGCAUCACUUCCCAUCCUGGCUGUAAGGAAAAGAUGGUAGCAUCAGGUAACUACAAGUAUUUAGAUGAACGUGUGGUUCAAGAUGGCAAACUCAUCACUAGUAGGGGUCCAGGAACCUCUUUUGAAUUUGCUCUCAAGAUCGUGGAGAAUUUGAAAGGAAAGGAAAAGGCAGAUUCUUUGAUUAACCCUAUGUUAGUAAAGGUGUGAAUUUGAAUGGACAUCUACUGCAACAUUAAAAACAAUAUUUUACAGAAUUUGUCAGACUGAGAAUUGUGAUGGUAUAUAUAAAGUAUGUGUGCCAAUAUAGUAUGUUUUCGAAUUAAUGAAGGGAGGUAACUCUAAACAAAAUCCCUGCAUGCUGCCAGCCACUUAUGUGGCAUUAGAGAUUUAUUUUAUGCCCUUAUAAGAGUUAAAAUAAUAUGUUCAGUGUAGACCUGUACCCAUUGCUACAUUGUGAGACCUAUAUUCUCUCAUUUUUGUCCUGAUUCAUUUGGGAAAAAAACACCAACGUACCAGAUAGCACCUUGACUUGAUGAAACCAGAGACUUUCAGAUUGGUACUUACUUUGAAACUCAACAUGAAAUGGAUUAAGCUAAGAGGUGAUCUAUGGAAUGUUAUGCUCUAGUGUCCAGGCUGUGACAUUUCAGUGGGGUGAUACAUAGAAGUUUCUAUCAAAUAGAACCAGUUAUUCACUGACAAAUGGCAUACACUGGACGUGAGUCUAAUCAAAGAAAAAAGCUGAAAGUGAGUUGGUUGUGCAAUAAACCUAUUUGGGGGGCUUAAAUUGGUGCAAGACUAGCUGGGCAUGAUAUAGACAGGUUGUGCUUGAAUUUGUCCUGGCUAAAAUAAGGUUUUGUUUCUGGAAGAUUUCUUAGUUUGUGCUAAUACAAAAAAUCCUCAUACUCUGCUUUAAGGAAAACUAAUUAAUUAUUUAAGAUUGACAUAUAUUAGCUUAAUAGUGUUGUAUUUAAGCUAGAAUGACUGAAUGGCAGUCUGCAUGCUGUGUGCAUGUACUGAUAAAUGAAAAAGACAUUUUCUUUUCAGAUUCAUGAUAAUUAUAUAUAAUACUUGCUAAAUAAAGUUGUUAGGAAAUCUAAAAGAUCACACUGUUUAAAGAGCCCUGUAUUUUCCUCAUGCAUAAUUAUUAUGGAUGUUUAACAACAUCAUUUUGGGUGAAUGUUUGAACUUGUAAAAUGUUUGUGAUGCAUUUAUUGAUAAUUAUACUUGCUAAAUAAAGUUGUUAUGAAAUCCCAAA